AUGUUCAACGUGACGGCCAGCUCGAUCACCUUCGCCAACGAUCUGACGGCUCUGUUGCCGAAAUACAUCAACUUCCGGCUGGGCCAGUUCAUCGGCGCCGUGGUCGGCUUCGCCAUCUGUGCGUGGCAGACCCACAAUCAAACCACAGCGUUCCCGGAGUUCAUGGUCGUGUACCCGCCCGUCCUGAGCGGCAACACCUGCGCGAUGGUGAGCGACUACUUCCUGGUGGGGCAGGGGUGUGGGAUUGAUAUUUCGCACCUGUUUAAACCGCACCGCAUCUGUUCACACGACUACGGGGUCAACUGCCGCUAG